GGCUGUGUGCUCAAUAUUUAUACACCUGUCAGCAACAGGUGUGACUGAAAUAGCCAAAUCCACUCAUUUGAAAGGGUGUCCAUACUUUUGUAUAUACAAUGUACGUCACUUCAUUCCAAUAGAACAGUCCCAUGUUCCAAUGUUUACACUAGCAUACAGUAGCACUUAGAAUGCCUGCCCAAUACAUUGCUUCAUACUAAGUAGUGGGUUAGUGUGGAUAUCUGAACCGCAUAUCCAAGUCAAACAAAGCGGCUUUCUACAUUUUGCUUGAGUCGAGUCCCAAAUGGCAUCCCCCAUAUACCCUUUGGAGUGCCCUAUGUGGGACUUGGUUUGUAGAGAUGCAGUGGCUCUGGACCCUCUGCUGUAUGGGCUAGAUGUGCCCUGCGCUGAGACAAAUUUAAGCGAGACAGGAAAUUAAGACUUGCGUCACAAACAGCACCCUAUCCCCUAUGUUGUGCCCUACUUUCGACUAGGGCUCUGGUCAAAAGUAGUGCGCCAUGUAGGGAAUAGGGUGGCAUUUUAUACCUUGCCCUUUACCACAUCUUCAGCACUCUUUACCAGCAGCGAUCACAGAGAUGCCAUCCUGGAACCCAUGGCCCUACUGGUUCACUUCAGAUUCAGUCAGCUACAUUUAGUUCUGAUUCCAGGCCAGGCAGAAAACAUAUUCUUUUUUUAAAACACUCCCCAUGAGCAUUUCAAUCCUGUGAAGCCCAGGGCUAAUUUAUUAACUGACCAGUGUACACCCCCUCCCUCUGUGGCAGGAUGGUAUGACCCGUUGGCAGAUAGUGCAGUCUACUACUGAAAUUAUUACUUUUUGUCCUCCUUAUUUUUGAUGGAUCGGAAAGAGAUGUAUUAAUUGAAAUUAUCUUUUUAUUUUGUAAAAAAAAGUGUUUAAAGAAUUAAAGUGAUAUUGCACUGACAUUGAACAUGUACAUAAAGUGUUUUGUAAAUAAGCCAUUAAAACAGAUGCAUUUGAAUAUGAACUGUAAAAAAAAAAAAAAUACUGUAGUUGUAUAUGGUGUGAUGAAACUGUUGAUCUGUAACUAAUAUCCAAGCAACACAUUCAAUACAACAGAUGCAAUUAAGGCAUUCAGUUGAUGGGUUGGUUUUCUUGUGUGUGUGUGUGUACGUGUGUGUGUGUACGUGUGUGUGCGUGCGUGUGUACGUGUCAGAGAGUGAGUGCUCCAAGCAUGCGUGCAAGCAGCCCCAUCCUGUAGAUCUAGGUAUUGUGAGUUGAGUUAGUAUCUGUGAGCGGAAACCCCAACCUUCCACUUUUAGCCCGUGUCCCUUUCUGCAGAACAGACCAGCUAGCAGUUGUGGUGGUCGGAACAGAACAGUUACUUCCCCCGAAACAAAGACUCACAGCAUGUUAUUUAUGCCUGACCCAAAAAACUACAGACAGCGGGGUUGCUUCCUAAAUGGCAACUUAUUCCUUUCAUAGAGCCCUAUGGGCCCCGGUCAAAAGUAGUGUCACUGUAUAGGAAAUGGGGUGCCGUUUGGGACGCAGAUGGGACCGAGCUCCACUGUGAAGCAUCUAUUUCCAACUGAAGAAGUUUGUCUAUUUGGCUGUCUGCUUUGUACUCCUCCAUAUAGAUCAUAUCAUUCCUAUUCAUUAUAUCCUUCACUGCCCCAUAAUUGAUCUGGGAAAAAGGUCAUACGAUACGAAUAGUUCCUCAACAUUUCGUGGACCUAAGUGUUCAUUUGUAUAGAUGCUGUAAGUGUCUCUGUCAGUCAGCCAGCUCGGUAUCUGCGUCAGGGGUUUUGAAAACCACGGGAUGCUACUGUGCAUUUCCCCUCCGUGCUGUGUGGUUCUUGAGCAAACAAAAAACCCGUCCUUCUGACUCCGAUAACACAGGAUAUGAUGUAUUCUAUUUCCUCUCAAUGGGUGUCUUCUCUUCAGGGGGUCUCAGAGAAAAGCAGAUAGCCUGCUAUCACUGUUAUCUACAGAGAAUCAUUCUGUGAGUAAGGUCUAGACGUUGUCCAAGUCUAUUGUUGGGCAGUGCCAGUUUACAUUUUUUUUGUGCAGUAUGUUAUGAAACAGAUGUAUCCUCACCAGGGGCCCUUUUUGAGAGGACAGGUAGGCUUAGACAAGUAGGUAGGUGGAGGUCUCUGUUUUUUUUACAAGGACUUCUGACUCGUCACUGACAUCCUGUCUGUCUACAUGAACAAGGAUGAGUGUCUGGAUGACAUGAUGGCCUCCUUGAACAAUUCAACCACCCAAUUAUCCAACAUGGAGUUGGACCUACCUCAUUACCUCCUCAUCGGGGUGUCUCUGCUCACCGUCCUGGUUUUCAUAGUGCUGGGGACUCUGUGGCUCAAAAAGUAUCGUUCCCUGAAGAGGACCAUUCGGGACCUGCGAGGAGGAAGGCCUCUGGGAAAUGUACUUUCCACUCCAGACUCCCCGUUCCUCUCUCCUGCUUCCCCCAGCCCGCCCCCCGUCACCUUGACGACAGAGAAGCUGGGGAAGAAGGACCCUGAGGAGCAGACAUCACUACAGAGAAACAAUAACAGGGCUGUCACUAACAGACUGCUUUGGAGGCCACCACAACAGGUUCCCCGCUUCACCAAGUCAGACCUCAGUCUGCUACAGCUCAUCAAGGCAGGGAAGGAGGGAGUCUUCUACAAGGCCAGGAUGACACGGGGAACCUGCAAGGGACACGGCAUGUUCACCUGCAAGAUCACCAAAGAGGGUGUGACCCCUAAGCGUAUCGAGAUGGAGGUAUCCAUUAUGAGGAAGCUGGUGCACCACAAGAACGUUCUCCAACUGCUGGACUGGAACACCACUGAGGGUAAGAACAGACAGCACCUCCAGCUGCUGGACUGGAACACCACUGAGGGUAAGAACAGACAGCACCUCCAACUGCUGGACUGGAACACCACUGAGGGUAAGAACAGACAGCACCUCCAACUGCUGGACUGGAACACCACUGAGGGUAAGAACAGACAGCACCUCCAACUGCUGGACUGGAACACCACUGAGGGUAAGAACAGGCAGCACCUCCAACUGCUGGACUGGAACACCACUGAGGGUAAGAACAGACAGCACCUCCAACUGCUGGACUGGAACACCACUGAGGGUAAGAACAGGCAGCACCUCCAACUGCUGGACUGGAACACCACUGAGGGUAAGAACAGACAGCACCUCCAACUGCUGGACUGGAACACCACUGAGGGUAAGAACAGACAGCACCUCCAACUGCUGGACUGGAACACCACUGAGGGUAAGAACAGACAGCACCUCCAACUGCUGGACUGGAACACCACUGAGGGUAAGAACAGGCAGCACCUCCAGCUGCUGGACUGGAACACCACUGAGGGUAAGAACAGACAGCACCUCCAACUGCUGGACUGGAACACCACUGAGGGUAAGAACAGACAGCACCUCCAGCUGCUGGACUGGAACACCACUGAGGGUAAGAACAGACAGCACCUCCAGCUGCUGGACUGGAACACCACUGAGGGUAAGAACAGACAGCACCUCCAACUGCUGGACUGGAACACCACUGAGGGUAAGAACAGACAGCACCUCCAACUGCUGGACUGGAACACCACUGAGGGUAAGAACAGACAGCACCUCCAACUGCUGGACUGGAACACCACUGAGGGUAAGAACAGACAGCACCUCCAACUGCUGGACUGGAACACCACUGAGGGUAAGAACAGACAGCACCUCCAACUGCUGGACUGGAACACCACUGAGGGUAAGAACAGACAGCACCUCCAACUGCUGGACUGGAACACCACUGAGGGUAAGAACAGACAGCACCUCCAGCUGCUGGACUGGAACACCACUGAGGGUAAGAACAGACAGCACCUCCAACUGCUGGACUGGAACACCACUGAGGGUAAGAACAGACAGCACCUCCAACUGCUGGACUGGAACACCACUGAGGGUAAGAACAGACAGCACCUCCAACUGCUGGACUGGAACACCACUGAGGGUAAGAACAGACAGCACCUCCAACUGCUGGACUGGAACACCACUGAGGGUAAGAACAGACAGCACCUCCAACUGCUGGACUGGAACACCACUGAGGGUAAGAACAGACAGCACCUCCAACUGCUGGACUGGAACACCACUGAGGGUAAGAACAGACAGCACCUCCAACUGCUGGACUGGAACACCACUGAGGGUAAGAACAGACAGCACCUCCAGCUGCUGGACUGGAACACCACUGAGGGUAAGAACAGACAGCACCUCCAACUGCUGGACUGGAACACCACUGAGGGUAAGAACAGACAGCACCUCCAACUGCUGGACUGGAACACCACUGAGGGUAAGAACAGACAGCACCUCCAACUGCUGGACUGGAACACCACUGAGGGUAAGAACAGACAGCACCUCCAGCUGCUGGACUGGAACACCACUGAGGGUAAGAACAGGCAGCACCUCCAACUGCUGGACGUCACCCUACCCAAACGUCACCCUACUUUUAUAGUGUGCUAUAUUUAACCACUCUGGGUGACUGCAUUAUUUACAUUGUCUUCAUAUAGAAUAGAAAAAGAGUGGCGCCUUAUCUAUAAUAUAUUACCCACAACUACUGC